AUGGCACUCAUGAAUAGGAAGUGCAUCUGCGACCUUUGCUCCUGUGGCAGGCAUCACUGCCCACAUACCCCUACCAAGAUUUAUGAGAAGACAGAGAAACCAUGUCUUUUCUCCGAAUACACCGAGAAGUAUUCUGCCUAUCAUUCUUACAUGCCCCGAGAGAACUUCAAACCCAAGAUGGAGUACCAGAAAGGAACUAUGCCAAUGGAAGGCCUGUCCACAACGAAGAGAGAUUUUGGGGUUCACAACAUAGUACCGGUGACACACUAUCGUCUCGACAAGUUCACUCCAAGCCAAGACGAAAUGGAUUUCCUCACAACGUAUAAUCAACACUACAACUACAGCCCUGUCAAUCGAGUGAGCCCCAUCAAACCUCGAGACAACAAACAUCCAUGUACUGACAAAAUGGAGAGUGUGCCUACAUACAAAUCUGAUUACUUGCCUUGGAACCAGCAAAGAAGACCUUCGUUUUGUCCACAGCAAACAUACCGUCCUGCAUCCUGUAGGUUUGAUCAUAGAACCACACACCAGGACGAUUAUCCCAUGAAACAACUUGUGGAUACUGUGAGUUACAAACCUCCAUCUGUGCUAAAGUUCUGUAACAUCCCCCUGGAAAACACAACAAGCUACAAAUCGACCUAUGUGGCCCAUCCUGUGGAGAAACGGUAUGUGCACGAGGCAGAGAAAUAUAAACCAUGUGAAAUCCCUUUUGACGGUCUGACCACCCACAGAGAAUCCUACAAGGGUUUGAUGGGAGAGCCUUCCAAGAGCUGGAAACCUGUAUCCAAGCACUCUGGGCUAGACACACUCUUUCCAUCCAACACUGAAUUUCGAGAGAAAUUCCAAGCUUGGCCAACACCGCAGAUAGUCCCCAAAGAGCCCAUCCCCUAUAUCCCUCCUGAAGGGAAGAUGGAUCUUCUGACAACUGUGCAAGCUGACUACUCAUGCCCUAAUGGUGUUCCAGCUCAGUCCUGCCGGCCAGUCCAGCACGUAAAGAAGAGCGACUGCUUUGAAGGCUCCACCACCAGUAGAGAGGAUUACAAACACUGGGCCAUCGUCCAUAGAGAGCCAGUCAAACCUGCUCCUCAUCUGAAAUUCCCUGAUGAGCCUAUGGAUUACAUGACCACCAAUCGUUCCCACUAUGUGGCCCACACACCUGUCAAUACCAAAAGCUGCAAGCCCCCCUGGUCCGGCCCUUGUACAAACAUCCCUUUAGAAGGUCAGACCACCUAUUCUACCACUUUUACUCCUAAGGAAAUUAAAAAGUGCCCAGCUUCGUAUUCUGAACCCCCUGGCUACAUCUUUGAGGAGGAGGAUGCUGUAGGGCACAGGUUGUACAGGCCGGCUUCCCAUACAGCUUCCCAUACAGCUUCUCAACAGAGCAACCAUUUUGGUUUUGGUGAUGCGUAA